UGUUUACGGCACAGCCUUCCUCCUCCUGUGCUAUAGUCAUGGCGGCGUACGCGGCUGGUUUUGAAAGUGUGAGCAGUAUAGAGGAGAAGAGAGAAUUAAAGCGCAAAACCCGAGAGGAAGUCAUCCAGAAGGCUAAGAGGCAGUAUGAGAACGAGGAGCGGAGAGAAGAGGAGAGGAAGGCUCGAGGUGAAGACACCUGGAUGCUUCCGGAUAUUGAGCAACGACUUCAGCAAAUAAACAAGGAGCAUUCUGUGAAAGACAGGAAGAAAAAGAAGAAGGAGAAAUCCAAAAAGAAGAAAAAGGAAAAAAAGAAUAAAGGAAAGAAGGAGAAAUCAAAGUUUCAGGAUGAUGCUGCAUCUGACACCUCAGAGGACUCUGAUGAGUGGGUUGAGGCUACAAACCCAACAGAGGGCGUGGACAAAGCUUGGAAAGCUGUGGAGCAGAGUGACUCCACUACUGUGUCAAGCAACACCAGCCAAAGAGACGAGUGGAUGACCUUCGACUUCCUGGCCAUGAAGACGACGUCAGUUGCCGAGCGACGAGCACAGAAGGAUGCUGAGAAAGAGGCAGAGCGAGAGAAAGCACAGAGUCUCGAACAGGCUGGCCUUCACAAACUUGAGCUGAAUCCUUAUUGGAAGGAUGGAGGGACUGGACUGCCACCAGAAAGCAGUGCCACUGCUGAAGUUACUAAGGCGAGUUUAGUGGAUGAUGGUGGGAGAAGUUGGCUAAUGAAGUCAUAUCAGAGGAUGAAAGAGCAGGCAGAGAGAGAGAGGCGCAGUCUGGAUGAUGUGGUGGCCGAGAGAUAUGGGUCUAUGGAGCAAUUCCAGAAGCGACUUCAGGAAGCAGAGGACUCUGCUUUCCAGCAGGGAAGAGAAGAGAGAGAACAGUGGAGGACAGAAAAGGGGGACGAGCGGAGAGAGAGAUGGAGGCGAGAGCCCGACAGAGAAAGAGAGAGGCGGGAGAAGGACAGAGAAAGAGACACAGACAGAAGGGAGACAGGUCGAGAGAGGGACCGAGAAAGAGAACGACAGACAGACAUGGGUAGAGGUCGAGGGAUAGAAAGGGACAGUGACAGACACAGAGAGAGGUGGGACAAGGACAGAGAAAGAGACCGAGAGAGAAGGGAGACAGGCCGAGAAAGAGAGAGAAGGAGGGACACGGAAAGAGACAUAGACCUCGGAAGGGACAGGGACAGGGACCGGGGGCGUUUUCUUAAACCUUCUGACUCUGAUGACUCAGUAGCUCUGGGAACAGGCUUUAGAAGGCCCGGAUUGGCCUCCUCAUCAUCCAGUCAUAGCUCAAUCCAGUUCCUAAAGCCCCAAGAUGACAACGACUAUGCUGUAGCAUGGUGGAAGAAGAAAGAAGAGAAGAAGGAGGAUGGGGGAAUAAGGGAGGAACCGGGGACGAAACAGAAGGACAGUGAAAGUUCUACUGCACCAGUGGAGAAGAGCAGUUCAGAGAGUAGCGAUGAAGAGGAGGAGGAGGAGGAAGUAAGGCUCCUGACUGAUGAGGAGAUGAACAAACUGGGAGCCAAACUGGUGAAGGCUGAGCUCAUGGGAAAUAAGGCUCUGAUGGAUUCUCUAAAGGCUCAACUGGAUGCUGCACGCAAGGCGAGAGAGAAUCGGGCCCAUAAACCCAAACAGGUGUCGGCGCCAGAUGAGGCGGUGCAGGAAGUCGUCUUAUUCAGAACGGACCAAUCUGGACGGUCAUGGCCGGUCAGUGACCCCAGUCAGCACGUGGAGCCACGAGGAGGGAGAAUGAAGAAGAAGCCUAUCGAGACCCAUGUUGCGGGUGAGCGUGUGCGUUACUUCGCUGAUGAUGACGGCAUGAAUCUGAAGGAGAUGGUCCGUAGGGAGAAGAUGAGCACAGCACAGGAUCAGAACGCUCUCUACUCACGGAUGGCGGCGAAGAUGAUGGGCAAGCAGGACGGCGAUAACUACACCCUGGACGACAUGUUCGUAUCGAGCGCGGCUCAGAAAGAAAGGGCGGGGCUCGAGGAGGAGCGAGGGCGUCAGCGAGCCAUGAAAGAGGGGCGGAGCCUCGCCGCAACCUUGGAGAAAUGUCGCUUCUGCUUCAGCAGCUCGGAAUUACCCAAACACCUUGUGGUGGCAAUCGGGGCAAAGGUUUACCUCUGUCUCCCUAACAGUGUGUCUCUGACUGAGGGUCACUGUCUCAUCGCUCCGCUUCAGCACCACUGCUGCUCCACCGGCCUGGAUGAGGACGUCUGGAACGAAGUGCAGAUAUUCCGCAGGUCGCUGGUUCGGAUGUUUGAGUCUCUGGGUCUCGACUGCGUGUUUAUGGAAACGUAUAUGAACCCUAGGAAGCGGAUGCACAUGCUGUACGAAUGUGUUCCGCUGCCACGGGAACUCGGCGACAUGGCACCUAUUUACUUUAAGAAAGCUAUCAUGGAAUGUGAUGAGGAGUGGGCGAUGAAUAAGAAGCUGGUGGAUCUUUCAUCCAAGAACAUCAGACAAGCUGUUCCUCGUGGAUUGCCGUAUUUCUCUGUCGAUUUCGGACUCCAGGGAGGAUUUGCUCACGUCAUUGAGAGCCAGGACAAGUUCCCACACUUCUUUGGAAAAGAAGUCCUGGGUGGGAUGUUGGACUUGGAGCCGAGGCGAUGGAGGAAACCCAUUCGGGAGAACUUCGACGAUCAGCGUAAAAAAGUCCUGCAGUUCUCCCAGUGGUGGAAACCGUACGACUGUACCAAGACUGAUAACCAAUGAGAGAGCUGCUUUAUCAUGGAGACAGGGUCACGUUCUGAGCUGGAAUUCGGUUCUACAGCAAAGGACUGGGAACAUCUGUGCUGUCUAUAAACAUGCUUUUAAUGUUGACAUUAAAACAUGAAAGGUU